UCUUCGAAGUUAUUCGGAUCUGUUGAAAAUGUUGUGUUACGCAAUAGCGUGCAAGAGUGACUAAUGCUUGUAGUGAAAUAUCGCUGUAAUUAUAUCAUUCUCUCCCUCUUAUUUUGAUAAAUAUUUAAACUGACUAUUAGCCUAGUGACAUUUUUUUCUCGUGACUUUUUUUAGUCUACAAGCCGCUUGAUAACCGGAUACGUUGAUUUUCGGUUCAUUUGCCGCCAAAGCAACCUCGAUACUUCUGAAGCUAUUGUUUAUUCCUACACCUGUGUUGUUGUAUGUGUAUUAUAAUCAUACCGAAGAUCGUGCGCGACAUUUUUUCAGUGUAUACAGAAUUGUUUUGACCUAAGUUAUAAUAUUACCUGUUUUCUCCAUUUAUUUUCUUUAAGUGAAUAACCUAAGUUAUACAAUGGCUAAGGUACAACUUGCAAAUGUGGCCGUACUCGACAAUCCUUCGCCAUUUCUCAAUCCUUUUCAAUUUGAAGUCACUUUUGAGUGUAUCGAGGAACUAAAAGAAGAUUUGGAAUGGAAGAUGAUUUACGUUGGUAGUGCAGAAUCAGAAGAAUUUGAUCAAGUAUUAGAUACUAUUUAUGUUGGUCCGAUACCUGAAGGUCGACACAUGUUUGUCUUUCAAGCUGACCCACCAGAUGUUAGCCGUAUUCCUGUGAACGAUGCUCUGGGUGUUACUGUAGUAUUACUCACAUGUUCUUACCGCGGACAAGAAUUUGUCAGAGUUGGUUAUUUUAUUAACAAUGAAUACAUUGAUGCUGAACUACGUGAGAAUCCGCCGACACAGCCACAGUUUGAUAAGGUGCAAAGGAAUAUCCUUGGUGAUAAGCCACGUGUCACAAGGUUUAAGAUCAAUUGGGAUGAUGGAGCUAGCACUGCAGGAACCUCUUCAGUUCCUGAUGGCAUGGAGGCUCAGACAAUGGAGGAUACGACACAGGAUGCACCUUCUUCAACACUUGGGUUUACGGAGAACACUCAGAAUAGUAUGGAAGUUAUGUGAAGAUAUGCCUGUGUCCUUUUGGCUUCAGUAAUAGAGUCGCUGUUAUGGAUCCACGUUGGACUCUCUCGUGGCUUUAGCGCCUUACCGGUCGUGGUGCAGAAUGAGAGUUGACCCGUCGCUCUAUAAAAAUCAGACUCGAGCUUUUACUGAAAGCAAGUUCCAGUGAUAUUUCAGUCGGUUCGGUAGCUGUGGUUAGAAAUCUAAUGUCAUCUGAAUUGCUACUGGUGGAUUUCACACUACGAAUCAAAGAGACACUCAGCCACCAAGUUGCUUUGUAAUAUGAGUUGUGACAUGUGAACGCAUCGUGGAGACUCCACGAAAACUCGAAUUUAAAUGUCUGUGAGGACACACGGAUUGAACAUUCACGGGCACAUUGUUUUCUUAUUCUUUAUUAAUCAUUAAACUCUAACGUCUAAGGUAAAUCUUUCAGUUUCACUCAUGUAUAUACAUAUUUCGAAAUGCAAGAAUUACACGUUGUUUUCUACUUGGAAA